UCUAUUGGUCCCUUUCCUUCCUUCCUUCCUUUCCUUCCUUCUUUCCUUCCCUCCCUCCUCUAUUUCUCCCUUCCCUUCUUUCCUCCGUGGCCGCUCUGCUGCCGAGCCCGGGGAGCGCGCCACAGAAAGGGAAGGAAGGCGGCGGGCGGGGGCUGCGGGCCGAGCCUUCCCCCGGCAGAGGUCGCGGAGAGGACGGCGACGCUGCCAGCACGCAGACGCCGAGCGGGGCCGGCUCCUCCCCGCCAGUUACGGGGGUCUCGCCAUGAACCGGGCCCGGCGGGCCGCCGCGUCUCCUGCACCGGCGGCUGCAGAAGCCCCGGCCGGCUCGGAGGCUCCGGGCAUCCCUGGGAGAAGCCGCGGCUGCCUCUUCCCCGCAAAAGCUCGGCCUCCCGCGACUCGGGUGAUCGGAGCAGGUUCCACUGUGUGGGAGUUAUAUUUUUUCUCCUGGGCUUAGGAACUCUACUUCCUUGGAAUUUUUUCAUCACAGCCAUUCCGUAUUUCGAGACCAGGCUGACGGGGAAUUGCUCUGCCAGAUGGAAAUCAGGCAGCCUCGAACCCCCAGCCGGUGAGAACCAAACAGCUGAGAAUCAGACAGCCUUGAACCCUCAGCCGGUGUCCGCCUGCGAAGACGAAUUCAGCUUCAGUAACUGGCUGACCCUCCUUUCUCAGUUGCCCUUGCUACUUUUCACUUUUCUGAACUCCGUCCUCUACCGGUGCAUUUCGGACAAAGUGCGCAUUUUGGGCAGCCUGAUUGGGAUCUUGUUCCUCUUCGCCCUGACCGCCAUCCUGGUUAAGGUGAUGAUGUCACCCCAGAGUUUCUUCUCCAUCACCAUGGCAAGCGUUUGGUUCAUUAACUCCUUCUGUGCCAUCCUGCAAGGGAGUCUAUUCGGACUGGUGGGGUCUUUCCCGCAACGAUACAGCACCCUGUUCCUCAGCGGUCAAGGAAUGGCAGGAACGUUUGCCGCCAUAGCCAUGUUGCUUUCCAUGGCCAGUGGCUUGGACCCCCUGUCAUCCGCCCUGAUCUAUUUUAUCACCCCCUGCGUUGGGACUUUACUUUCUAUUGCCUGUUAUAUCUUGCUGCCCCACCAGACCUUCACUCGUUACUAUCUGGACAAGAGACCCCCAGAAGAUUCGGGAUGUGAACUGGAGACCAAGGCAGGUCUCCUUUCGCCAGAAAACGGCUCCGCUCUUGUGGCAGACAGUUCCAAAGGAGGACCGCUCACCGUGAAGAACGGGAACGCCGUGAUCGUGGAGAAGGAUGGCUCAGCUUGCCCGCCAGAAAUCAUGAACGGGGGGAGUGGGGUGGUUGCCCCCAACCCCUCCCUUUUCAGUGUGCUCAAGAAGAUAUGGCUACUGGCCCUCUCCAUCGUUAUGGACUUCUCCAUUACCCUCUCGGUGUUUCCGGCUAUUACCACGAGAAUUGCCAGCUCCUCUCGGGACCAGUCUUGGCAGGAUUUCUUCACUCCCGUUUGCUGCUUCCUUCUCUUCAACGUCAUGGAUUGGUUGGGCCGGAGUUCGACUUCCUACUUCCUCUGGCCGCAGAAGCACCUUCGGCUCCUUCCCGCCGCAGUGGGCCUGCGAGUUUUCCUCGUCCCCAUGUUCCUUUUCUGCAACAUCCCGGGACAGAGCAAGUGGCCUGUGCUUUUCCAGCACGACGCCUGGUUUGUGGUCCUGAUGGUGGUUUUUUCUCUCUCCAACGGCUACUUCGUCUCCCUCACCAUGUGCCUGGCUCCCAAGCAGGUCCAGCCCGAAGAGAGCGAGCUGGCGGGAGCCAUUAUGACAUUUUUCCUGGCAUUGGGACUGUCCUGUGGGGCAGCCCUUUCCUUCCUCCUCAAGUUGCUCCUUUGAUGCCCUCACUCCCUUCUGCCACUCCGACACCUGGCAACAGCAUAAAGGUUGCGAAGAUUUUUUUCCUCCGUGUCUCUUGAAGGCUUCGAGGGCGACUUUCCUCCGAGCCUCCUCCACGUGGCAGCUACGAAACCUCCCUUCGUGAUGAGGAAGGAUCGGAUUGAUUAUUGGGCCAUAACCCUUCCUCCAAGGUUCUUCUCCUCCCCCACUUCUUUAAUAUAUAAAUAUAUUAUAUAUAUAUAAAUAUAUAUAUAUAGAUAUAUUUGUUUUCUGAGGUUUUUGCGGGGGUUUGUAUGUAGGUUUUUGGUCAUUCGAGUUUUCUCCCGCGUAAAAUUGGAAGUGUCUUGGCGACGUUUCGACGAAGUCUCAUUCGUCAUCUUCA